AUGUGGGGGAAGGAAGCAGCGCCAUCCGAUAUCGACCAUCUUGCCAGGUCGUUGUAUUUCAUCUCGGUCCCCUUUCGCGUCACGAAUAUGAUCUGUUUGUCCUGUGGCGCGGUGAUGGCUCUGGAGGGAAAGCUGUGGAUCCCCGGAGUGAUCCUGGCCUUCAUGGCUGUGGGUUACAUCGCCCAGAACAGCAAGGCCAUUUGGUGGGUCUACCGCUUCAGUCCCUGCCGAUUCCACGCGGAGCAUCAACAAAGGUGGCUCGCUCACGAGCGCGAGGAUCCCCCCGAGGUGACCAAGGUGAAAUCGGAGAGCAUCGACAGAUGA